CAUUCACCUUAAAAUUAUAUCCUCUAAAUUUUUUUGCAAUCAAACAAAUCUCAACAAUGAGCGAACCAAUGUCAGCUAUGGUGUUUUCCGAAAACAACGUAAAAUUGGCUGAAGAACAUUACCGAAGAGGUAACCUAAAAGAAGCCUUUGAAAUUGUUCAUGCACUAACAUUUGUUUUCCCAAACACAUCUGCGAACCAUCGUAAGAUCUCACAAGUUUUUUUGGCUCAUGAAAUUCACUGGAGGUUCGUAAAUACUAACAUGUUUACACCCUACGACAUCCUUGGAAUCACCCCGUUCUAUGAUUAUCAAACAGUCCAUAAACAGUAUAUGAACAUCCUGGCUAAGCUUUGCCCGGAGAAAAACAAAUCUGCUGUUGCCAAGAUAGCUUUCAAAAUCAUCAAUGCAACAUGGAUGGUAUUGUCUAUUAAAAUGCAUGAGAAACAACAUGGAUGGGUUCACAACAUCGAACAAGAGUUAAGGAACAUGGUUCAAGAAGAUGAACUGCAUAGGCAAUCAGUGAGGGAGGGAAAACGUCCUUGUGUUGAUAUUAUCGAUAGUGACUCUGAUUCUGAUUAG